CCGGCGUGAAAACACCUGGCCCUGCGAAACCGUUUUUCCUGUGAAGAGUUCCCCCCCCGGGUGCCCUAGGUUUAGGUGGGAGAUCAAGUCACUUCUCCUGGGCCUCUGCGUGGAAGCAAAAGCCUGAAGGAUGCAUGGGAGCGCGUGGCCACGAGCAAGACAAACAAGCUGUUAACUUCCUGGUUUCAACGUCUUGUUUUUCUGCACAAAGUGUUGUGAGGGGUCAAGCUGAAAGGCUCCGCAGGAAUUUGGCAGGAUGAAGCCUGUCAUUGUGGUGCACGGUGGAGCUGGCCAAAUCUUUAAAGAACAAGAAAAAGGAUGUCGUUCUGGGGUUGUCAGAGCUGCACUGCAAGGUUAUGGGAUCUUGAAACAAGGAGGCACUGCCCUGGAUGCAGUAGAGCAGGCAGUACAGUCAAUGGAAGAUGAUCCUCAUUUCAAUGCAGGCUGUGGAUCUGUUCUAAAUGAAAAAGGUGAAGUAGAAAUGGAUGCCAUCAUUAUGAAUGGAAAAAAUCUAGCCUCAGGAGCAGUAUCUGCAGUUAAAUGUGUAGCAAACCCAAUAAAACUUGCUCGACUUGUCAUGGAAAAGACAAAACACGCGCUGCUGACUGACCGUGGUGCACACCUGUUUGCUCAGGCCAUGGGUGUUCCUGAGAUCCCAGGGGAGAAACUCAUAACUGAAAGAUCGCGGGAGAGAUGGAAGAACCACCUUGAGCCAGAUUCUAACCCUGAGGAGUUUCAGAAAGACCUGGGAACGGUCGGUGCUGUUGCUAUAGAUAGUGAAGGAAACGUAGCUUGUGCAACAUCCACCGGAGGACUCUCUAACAAACUGAUCGGCCGUGUUGGUGACACAGCAUGCAUAGGGAGUGGAGGUUAUGCUGACAACUGUUCUGGUGCCACUUCAACUACAGGACAUGGAGAGAGCAUUAUGAAAGUGGUCUUAGCCCGACUGAUCCUCUAUCACAUGGAGCAAGGAAUGUCACCAGAGAUGGCUGCUGACACUGCAUUAGACUACAUGAUGACACGAGUUGGGGGCUUGGGGGGUGUCGUCGUUGUUAACAAUUCGGGAGAGUGGGCAGCAAGGUUCUCCACCAAGCAGAUGUCCUGGGCUGCUGUAAAGGAUGACCAACUGUACUAUGGGAUUUGCACUGGGGAGAGGCAUACAAAAUCUGUUGAUGAAGCACUUGCAUCUGAAAGUGAGGGAUUCUGAAAAUAAACAUGGACACUUUUUUUGUUAGAGGAUGAUGACAACUAAUUUAAUCUUUCUGAAAGAUCUGUACUCUUUUGAUUGGUUCACAGGCAUCACACACUUACUGUCAAAAUGAAGCCUGGGCAGCGUGGUGUUAGCCUCAGUGGUCAUGGAUAUUAGUACUUAUUGAUAUCUUUGGAAAAUCUUGAGAUCUUCCUCUCCUAGAUAAGGAAGAGAAUGGGCAAUAGAAGUUUACAGGUUUCCUGGUUAGUAUGCUUUAACUCUACGCUAAAAGGAGCCCAGGUUUCAGUCUUAGAGGAAGUCCUUUCCACGCCCAUUCUCAGAGACUGCUUCCAGCAUGACUUAAGAGGUGAAUACCUAGUAAUUAAAAACUGAAUUUUGAAUGUUGCUUCACUCUCCAGAGUCUUUUGAACAGUCAUUCCAUGAUAACAUAUAAUUGUUGCUGACCCUGAAGGCUAGCUCAUUCGCAGGCUUGAGAUAACUGUCAGGAGUUAAAAAGAAUGAAGUAAAGAAACUAGCUUUUCUGAAGAGCUGGGAACUGCAAUGCUUGCUAAGGAGUCUUAUUUUAUUCUGCUCGUAGGCAUCAGACCUAAAAUUAAGAAACAAAGACCACAACAAAGUAUGUUAAAAUAUUUUGAAGUUUGAGUGGACAGUUAACAGAAAGGAUAUUAUUGACUUCAUACCCAUGGUGGUAAUAAAGAUGAUCAUGAUUUCAAUAAAAAUAAAACAAAGCAAUCUUCACUGCUUAAAUAUGAAGAUGAUAGGCACCUUAUAAGUCUAAAUAUGAGAGAAAUUUAUGAUGACUAGCUGGAAAGUAAUUCUGUAAAAUAAAUCAAGUCAUAAAACCAAGCUGUGCUAACACAAAUACAACUGCCUCUUUUAUCAAGCUUCUUUUCUUGUGUGAAGACUGAAAUGUUUUUUGGAGAGGUUGUGAUUUUAAAAAAAGAUACAAAAUAUUAAACUAUAUGAUUUAAAAAAAAAGAUAUUCUGCAUUAUCUCUUUCCAGUACAGUUUCUUCAUUAAGAUUUUGUAUUUGUGAGGAAAAAAGAGCAAGAAUAUUUCAUGGAUUUUUGUUGUUGUUGUUUUCUAACAACUACAUCAUUUAUAUGUUAAAACAGUGUAAUAAUCCUUUACAUUUUAGCUAGUGCCAUGACUUAUGUUUCCUCUGAAGACAGAUUGAUAUGUUAUAAUUAUGUACCAUCAUACUGUAAAAUGUAAGAUACCUUUGUAAGACAACACAAACAGAAAAAAAUCUUCAAUUAUGUUUUGAAAUUAUUCAAACCGGUGUCCCAACUCUAAUAAGCCAUGUUACUGAGUUGGCUCAUACCGAAUGGUAAGUUUGCCAAGAUUGUCUAAUCUCCUCCCUACUUUAAUCCAUGUUUUAUUAGAUGUUGCAGAUGACUGGAUGUGGACAGUGAUGGUUCAGGAGUAGACAGCUCAUGCAAAACAAUCUUGGAGUACUCAUGUACUUUGCACAAAAGAUAGCGUAGAAGAUGGCUACUGAUCUGAUCAUUAGCAGUUUACAAAAUUAUAAUGGUACUUAAGAUAUGCCUGCCUUUGUCUUUAAAGAGAAGUACGCAGUCUUUUGAGUAAAAAUUAGUUUCUUUCUCCUUCUGUGCAUUAGGUACCAAUCUCCCAGGACCAGACUAUUCUCUGGAAGAAAUCAGUAUUGUCUUAAUUUCAUUGCUGGAAUCUCAGGGCAAUCCAGGGUUUUAUGGUCAAGAUUCUACUUUGUUUACCUCACCUGUGCCUAGCUGCAAGAUCAAAUUUAGGACAUGCAGUAGAAAAAAGGAUGGCUUGAUUUAGGACAGGCAGUACAAAAAAGGAUGGCUAAAAAAUUGGCUAGAGUUCUGCCAAGUAUCAUUUACUUUGAUCAAAUUUCUCUGGUCAAGGGUUUUAUGAUUGAAAAGAAGGUCAAACUUGGAGAAUUUUUUAGAGCUAAAUGGUCAUAUAUAGUCAUGGAUGCAGGCUAUCUAGAAGAGAAGAAUGUAAAAGUCCUGUUUCUUAGCUGGUUUUGAUCUGAUUAAAGACUGUAGAGAGCAUGUUUCCAGUCACCAUUUUUUUUUUGUCUGAAGUGGCUGGAGAGAUGGCGCUUGACCCAGUAUUGCCACAAACGCCUGCUGCAAUGUCUUUGUUAAGGUCUGCUUUUAUUACAUGUUCUGCAUGCUUGCAAGCCUGUUCUGAUCAAGCUCCAAGCUAACCAAAAACCAAGUGACUAUUAGAGUAGCAGCAAGUGUAAGCUAAUAUAUUUGCUGAGUGCUUUAUUGGCCUGGGUUUGGCACUACACUAGCAUGGACAGCUGGCUUUUGGUUAGCUUGAACAAGUUAACAUCUGUCCAGAGUGUACCAUCAGCCAAAGUAGCAGCACAGAUGCGAUCUCAGGGCUGGCAGAAGGAAUGGUUGCUUGUGGUAACCAUUCACCUCAGCUGUACCCAGGAAUAUAAUGUAAUAGGUUGCUGGCACUUAACAAAGCAUUAUUCUAUAUAGGUUCCUAUAUCGCUCAUCACCAGAGUAGCUGGGCACUUUCCAACAGUGCAUUAAGCAAUGUGACUCCCAUCUGUUCUGUAUGAUCUGUUGUGUCUUCCCUGCUCCUUGGUAGCAUACUGUGUAUUCCCUUGUUGUGAAGAAGUAUGUUUUCCAAAAAUAUACAUAUGCUGUUAUGUCUUUUUAAUUGAAGCAGGGUUAGGAAUGAGGAAGCAUGCCUCACGCAGGGAGUGAUGAUGUUUAUGGUCCUUGGGAUGUGUGGAGUUUGUCCUGCAGUUAAAGGAUGGCAGUUCACACAAAGCAUGAGUGUUUCCUUGUCCCAGUGGUUAGGGCUACGCGGUUUCUUCUAGCUAGCUGACCGAGUCAAAGCUAAUCAGAAAUCCAUACAAUUUCGUCAUGUAAUCUGAACAACCGAUAGCCCUCUUCUAAGACAGUAUUUUCCUUUUUCAUAAGAAAGUGGGGUGACAGUAAAUGGUUAGGGAUAGACUGGACCAUCUAACAAAUCAGAGAGCUGGGGAUAAAGCAGUUGUCACUCUCCUUUCUCCCUGUGUCCCUUUCAGACAUGAUCUUUGGUGGAACAGAGUAGACUGCAUCGCUGCUGAUAUGAGGAAAUUGCUGGCAUUGCACUGGGCUGCCUGACUUUUGAAUAUGCUUGUGUGUUCCCUUAUCUUUACAAAAUUACCCUUACCAGGACGUUACCACUUAACAGGUUUUAUAUUUGUAAGUAUAGCUGAAAGACCCCUAACUUCAGGGGAAUAUUUACACCAGGACAGGAAGUUGUGUGGCGCUGUUGUGCACUGCUAGUGGAAAUGAUCCUUCAAUUCAAAUGGCCGUGACCUGGAUAUCAAAGAAGGAAAAUUAGAGGUCUGUUGCCAAGAAACUCAGUGUCCUUGGCAUGUAGCAACGCAGCAAUAGAGUUUUAAUUAUCUAAUUAAAAUGUGGCAUCCUAUUAUUUUAUAUUGUUUAUGAUACCAAUUGUGUAUGGUUUUUUUCCCCUCCCUACCCCACUCCUCUGCAGAAAAGGUUUCUGACUGGCAAAUGGACUACGUACAAUAGAAGUGAAGUUGUGAACAAAAGCAGAAACACAGUGAUCAUUGACGUUAGUCAUAAAUUGUUAGCUCCAUUUAGAUUUUCCUGCUUAAUCUUUGCUAGUUGUGAGUAAGUAAAAACUGCUCUGUGAGAGAUGCAGGGCAUUACUGUUUAGAAAUUUGUUUUUGUUUUUUCAGUGUUCUGCUUUGUCCUACAUUUUAGCUCUGUGUCUCUGGGGUGGUUUUCAUUGACUUUGAAAUCUGUCUUGGCAGAGCUUAAUGGCCCUCACUGUUUUGCUUGUUUCUCUUCGGCUAUGCUUUGCCUUUGAUUUGCUCUGAUAAAUAUUUGCUGUGGGACAGAUUUCAAUCUUGGUUACGUCAGUAUGAAUUAGAGGCACAGUCACUGAAGUCCCUGAUUGCACUCGAGUAAGUGAAAUCAGACGUGGGCCUGCGUGUCUGCAGUCAGCAUCUCUGGGAGUCUUCAAACUUCCCUGGCUAAUGAGAGAGGAAAGCUAACGGGUGGGAAGGGUGCUAUGGAAAGUAACACUGUGUGGAAGGCAGCAGUCUCAUCUCAGACAAUGUCGAAGUGAAGACGGUGCCUGGGAAAACAGUUAAAUCCAUACACAAGGAAAUAAACAGAUGCCAGAUGGUUCACAUGAGACAAUCAAAGAUCACACAGGUAUGGAUAAGUGAAGAGACAUUUUGGUUUAGACAUGUAAACCAAGAACGAGGGGCUCUUACUCUCCACUGCACUCCUUACUUGCAGUUUACCGGGGGCGCAUAAAUACCCAGCAGCCUUUCAGUAAAUGAGCUUUGCUAGACCUGGCCAUAUGUGCUUUAACUCGUGGUAUUUUUAAUGUGCUUGCCUUUCGACCUCUGAAAUUCUUAGUUUAAGUGGUUCUAGUUUUCUUGCAGUUCCUGAGCAAGUCCCUUUCUGCUCAGAAUGUUAUCCGCUAUGUUGCAGUCAGCAUGUGCUGUAGCCCUCAAGCACUGCACUUUUGACCCUUUUCUGCUAGUGUUUUACUACAACUUGAGCUAUGUAAAUGCUGGUAGCAUGGAGCUUCUAAAAUACCCGGCUGCAACGUGGCUUAAUGGCCGUGCCCUGUCCUGCCUGCUUAGCAACAUAGCAGCCGAUGCGCUUAGCAACCCGCAUUGCCACGAAUACAUCAGCCCGCUGCACCGUUUUGUAUGUUGGCUGCCCAUUGAAUAUGGCGAAUAUGUAAUGAUUUUUCUGCUGAUACUCCAAACCUUGUAUAAGUUUGGAUCUAGCUACCGCCUUCAAACCACAGCUGGCGAUGACAACUGUAUUACAACAGAACUAAGAAGGCUGACUAAUAAGGGAGGUUUAAAAAAACAAAAAAGCUGUUAAAGGUGUUGGACUAAUUCCUGCAAGUACGAAUGACUGCAAAACUGAUGUGCAUAGCAGUAAAUGUAGAUCCUAUUGUUUUAGCACUGGCUUUUUCUUAGCGACUUUCAAAUGUCUACUCACAGGCAGUUUUUAGAACAAAUAAGAAACUUUCGAGCUGUGAAAAGGGCACCCUUUCCUGGGUCAUGAGUACUCUCAUGUCCUUGGAACUCGGCAAUCUCUCUCUUCCAUGAGACAAACAUUUUCAGUAUUUCUCUCAUUUUCCAUAUAAGGUAAGUUUUUCUUAAAAAACAACAACAAAAAUUGAAAAAACUUAUUGUGGCUUACUCAGGAGUGUUUAUAUAGCUAUUCUCUCCCCCCAGGGGAGGACCCUGCCAAGGGAGGACCCUGUCAAGGCCCUUGGGAAUGAAUAUGACUCAGCUAGGCCUCUAGUAAGGUGGUCAUUCAGAAAUAUCUUCAUUACUAGGUAAAAUCGGUAGAAAAUUAAAUCUGGCACGUUUUCAAGGAUUUGAAGCUGGAAGGAAUCACAGUUAUUACCUGGUCUUACUUCUGAAUAAACAGGCCAUGAGUCCUUAUCUCUGCUAUUUCUGCAGAGUAAAGAACUUUGGUUGCAGAAUGGUCUAUUCCUAUUGCUGACUGCAUGAAAAAAGUGAGGACAGGACACUCUCUGAGUGAAAGUGUAUGAAUUAUUUUUUAAAUAAUUUUAUGUUUAUAUAUUUGAGAAAAGAAAAAGGACAUUAUUGUGACAGAUAGUUUUAAAAGUGAGAACAUCUGUGCUGCCACCAGGCUGUUGGGAAUCUCCACGGGGCUAGUGCAAGUUUAUUAGAGAUAGAUCUGAGAUUUCAGAUCCAGCAAUGCAAGGUAAAUAUUUUCCUGGAGACAAACCUGAGCAAGUCUUGCAUGUAAGGGUAGUAUUUAUGUAUGAUUCACAUCUUCAGAGGAGCUAAAAAGCUGUGAACUGAUCUGUACAACUCUUCAGUGGACUACAGAGUUUAUUAUAUUUGAGCAGUUUUGCUCCGGUGCACAUGCAAGGAGAUUAAACCACUACGCUAGGGCUGCAGAAUGUAUCUGAGGCAGGGUCAGGAUUAAAAUAUUGAUUUCUGGCCUCCACAGUCCCAGGCUCAGUUCACUACAUUAUGUUGCUUUUACAAAUAACAUUCAGACAAAUAGAUCUUGACAUAUCAAAAGCAUAGUGGACUCUCAGUAAAUUGAGCAGGGCUUUAGCUGUUCAGUUUAUGUGAUUUGUGUGUGCCUCAUGCUUGGUCCUAGUAAUCUCAGUAACCACUAUAUAUUUACAGGGAAACUCACUGAAGUAUGCCUGAAGCAUACCAGACUUUUUUUCUUCCUAAAGCAGAAAUAAAAAAGAUAUUUAUGAUAGUUUCUUGUUGUCACAUUGAGAUCUGCAAAUGUGUUACUUUAAAGGAAUUUUACUUCGCUCUGAAAAACAGAAAAAGUUAGGGGAGAGUCUCGGCCAUAACCAAUGAUAGCUCGUAUCUCUUUCUAUUUCCUUGUUUGAGUUAGAAGUCGGAAAAAAUGGGAAAAGCCCUGAGCCUCAAAGUUCAAACACAAGUGCUUUUAAUGAAAUCACCAGAUGACAUGUUUGGAUACUCCACUUCAUAUCUGAAUGCCUAAACAGAGGCAAGUAUGUAUUUGAAAGCUGAAAUAAAUUCUACAAAGAAAAUAAUUCAAGUAUUUGUAUUUGAAAACUGGUCUCCCAAUAUCUCAAACGCUGCAAGAACAUUGCCAUUGCUACAACUUAAUAAAUUUCAGAAAUACCUGAGCUCAGUUAGAUGUAGACCAGAGCCCUUUUUCUGUAUUUCUGAACCCCAGUUAUCUCAUUUGCAGCUUACAAGUAAGCUCUGCUUGCUUUUACGGAGCACACUUGAAGUUUGGCAGUCCUACAAAAAUGGUAUUGGUCUUUAAAACACGUCAAGUUAUCUAACAGCAUUCUCCACCCUUCUUUGUUACUUGAUGCAGUAGCACGAUGUCAUUUGUCAGAGAGCCAAAACUGGAGACAUGCUGAAUAUGUGAAUACCAAGGAAGUGGUUUCCUUAGCAAUAACAGGCAUGUGAAAGUCAAAACUUCCUUUCCUCCUCAUGUGACCUUUUUCAAAGCAAUUCACAUAGGGGACAAUAGCAGUGAAUUCCAAGCACCCAGAGUGUUCCCGCAUUGCCAAACAGGGAUUUGCCAAGAGGCCAAGUUAUCUUACCUUUUUAUUAAGGUAAAAUUACAUUUUCUUUAGAUGGUUUCCACUAGGGAUUUUGUGCAUGUGUGUGUGCAGUGCAGUUUUUCCUGAAAUUAAAAUCACCUACAGCAAUACAAGAAAUACAAGCAACUUUCUCACCAUUGCGGACCAAAACUUUUGUUAUGCAUAAAAUCCAAAGUCCUUUCUGUUGAGAGGAAAGGAUGGUAUGAAAAGUUUAGCCAGCUUGUUUUCAUAGCUGGACCUUCCUGGAUGCAAUACCUAUUACUGAAGACAUUUCGCCCAUUUUAUUUCAGGUGAAAAUCACCACUCCUUAUGAAAAUCCCGGAGGGGAAAAACCACCACCACCAACAGAGAGAAUGAGGGAGAGAGGAUUUGUGAGGGAAAAUAGGAGGGAGGUGACAUUCAUCUCAUCCAUCCCGCACACAAGUGCAGUAUCAGGCCUCUUUUGCUGCUAUUCUUAUCCUGAAUAUUUAGUAGAGACUUUCCUCAUCCCUAAGGAGACAGUAAUGAUAGCCAGAAGUACUCACACAAAACUUUCUGUCCAAGAAUCCUGAAAUAUUUUCUAAAAGCAGCUACUAAAUUUAAACCUGAACCUGCUAUCGAGGUAGGGAGCUAUUAUCCCCAUUUUUCCUACUGGAGAGAGUGUAUAGCAGAGCUUUUGAUUGGUAUUAAAAGGGCAGAAAAAAAUCCCUGUUACAGCUGGAAAUAAAAGUUCAGCAUACUUUCUGUAGUGCAGCUCAUAAGAAACAGGCGAUUUCAAAAAUUCAAAGAGAACUCUGUGAUAAUAGCUCUCCCUAACUUCGAUAUUUCUGGGCUAAUGGUAUCCGGCUCCUUGCUAGCUGCCUUGUUCGCACACCAGCGAGGCCUGCGUUUGGAUCCCUGGUAACUGAUUUUCAUACAACUUUUGGUUACACGUGCUUUGUCUGUUUGUUCACCCCUCCCACCCCAAAUUUCAGGAUUUACUCGAAACUCUAGAGGACUAGAGUUUUUCAGAAAUGAGCUGUGAAAUGUGGAUACUUGAGUUUGGAGUCAGUCCUAUCAGGCAGGAGAAGAUAUCUGGCAAGAGACAGCUCAUCUGAAGAUUUCUGCAUGCUGCGUGGAGGUGCUGGUCCUGCCCCAGCAGGCUUGGCAAGCAAUAGCAUCAGAUCAAAGCGCAGUGUUGCACAGAUGGCAUGAGACAGGUAUGGAGCGGUGACAGAAGGGGAGCUGAAACCAAAGACACCCAUGAAGAAAUGGUUUAGAGAUUGUACUCCUAGACAGCGCCUUGCUGUAAGAAGGGAGGACUCAGAAAGCGCCCCCUCCCCCUUUUUCUGGUGUGGCAGAAAAGGGCAAGAAAAAAGUGCGGGAGCAACCCAAAUAAUGCUAUCCGGCAGUGGGAAGGCAGCAAGGGGCCGCAGACAAGUCCGCCUCCAACAGUAACUAGACGAGAAUGAGGAGACCAGGUCGAAGUCAAGUGAGGCAGUGUCCGGGUACCGCAGUAGCAUCGAGGUUCAAAAUGAUGGCAACCUCAAACAGUGCGGAUUUUAUUAGGUGCCAAUAUUUGAACUAGUAUUUCAGGAUCUGUGGAUUCUCUGGAAACAUUCAAACGAGUCUUAAAGACCAGUGGUCUGCAACAGGCUAGCCACAAAGACCGAUUUCUUGUGGGGAGAGAGCGCUAUACAUUAACAACCUCAGGCUCCAGAAGGAAGCGAAGAUCGGCACAAAAACACAACAGCGGCACCAAGUUUUGAAAGGAAAGGCAGCGGUGUGCUGGGGACUCAGAGCCCAGGUUACAAGGGUGACCAGCUGGAGGUGGCACCCAGCUGCCUACCUGUGGCUACACUGUUAACUGCUGUGGCUCCGGCAAUAGCUUUCCUAUUAAAGAAUUGGUUUAAAAAUACAGGUUCACUGCAUUAUAAUGACCCACCAUCGAGCAAACUGUAGGAUUGUGUAGGACCAUGUGCUGUAGGAUCAUAUGCUGUAGGACCAUGCACUGUUUUCAGUUAUUCAAAAAAAAAAAAAA